AUGUCACAAAAUAAUAUUCGUACUGAAGUCGAAAAUGCCUGUAACUUAGAAGGCCAACCAUUGUCUAAACUUUCGAUCGAGGAUAUUGUGAAUAAAUAUGUGGAUAGUGAAACUAGACAAGGUAAUCCUAGAUUAUAUGAGACUUUAUUACUUGAACAAAAUCAGCUAGAUUUCCAAACAAAAUUCCUCAAAGAUCAUAGCCAUAUCAUCACAUUACCAAAUAGAAAUAACUUAAAUAUUCGUAGCUGUAAUAAUGUAGGAUCAGAGGUUCUUACUAAUAAACCAAUAUAUGUGUUUUUGCCAGGAUUAGGUGGCUCAUUAGACCAAUAUGAGCCACUUUUAAGAUUGAUGGAUAUAUUGAAUGAAAAAUUUAUAGGGUUUGAUUUACCUGGGUUUGGUGGUAGUGAAGAAGAUACAUCUGAAGGGGGAUAUAAUAUGAUUAAAGUUUGCCAUAUCAUUAAUGAAGCAUUACAGUCAAUUAUUACUCAAAAUUAUUCAACUCGGGAUACCAUUGAACUGAGACUUGUAGGUCAUUCAAUGGGGUGCUAUCUUGUAUUACAUUUUUUCAAUAGUUUUCAGACUAAAACUGAAUACAAAAUCUCUCAAUUGAUAUUGACGUCACCCCCAAAGAAGAAAAUUGAACCAUUAGAUAAAAAUAAUAGAUUAAAUCAAUUUGGGCUACAGCUAUUAUACAAAUUACCAAUAAUCCAAGAUUUUUAUAGAAGUUGGUUUGAUCAACCAAAAGGAUUGAAAAGUGUUGGAAUUGCUAAUUUCUUCUAUGAUACUAAGGAAGAUACAAAUAAUUUGAGUAGAUUAUAUCGUAAAUUAUGGCAAUUCUACAAUAAUUUACGAGUUAAAAGUAGCAGUAUUGCCGGAUAUUUACUUGGAUGGGAAGACCUACCAUGGGAUGAACUUAAUGAUAAUUUAAGUACAAUCGACAAGAUUAAGAUAAUAAUUAUUAGUGGUAAUGAAGAUUAUAUAUCACCUAUCAAAGAUGUGAUCGAAUUUCAAAAUAGUUUCCGAGAUAUUGAAAAUGUUCAAUUAAUAUGUAUAGAUAACUGUGGGCAUAAUUUAUGCUUUGAUAAACCAGAAGUUGUUUGUAAAAUUUUACAGGAUAUUGCUACCAAUACGAUAUAA